CAUUAAACUUAUAUAAGUCAAACCCUUUGGUUUACAUUGACUUGUAAGCAGUACGUUACAAUAGACAUACACAAACCAACCUAUGGCAGUAUCAGGUCUUCUUCACAUUGCAGUCUUCGGCAUUUUAUUUUGUCGAAUGCAGGUCAUCUGUCAAACUAGUCCACCAACAUUAACGGAUGUGAGGAAAGAUUUGCUCGACCUUGAUUCAUAUGUUGACCAUAAACUGAGAGCCAUCAAUACAAAGAUACAACAAACAGCAUGCUACAACCAAGGUCACUCGAUAGUAACAUUUCUAGCACGUCUGAUUACUCCAUCCUAUGGCACUAUUGCGGCUAAGGCUACUGUCAAGUUUGAAAAAACAACAGAGAAUAUUGGGAAUGGAUACGAUAACAAAACCGGAAUUUUUACAGCUCCAGUGAUAGGUCUUUAUCAUUUCACUGCUUCAGCUAGACAAAGUCGGAGUGGAUAUUUGCACUUGGGAUUGUUUAGGAAUGACGAAGAAAUGGCAGUCUCUGUUGGAGUUAAUUACAAUUCUCUAACAAUUGGUGCAACAUUUACACUGCAAUCCGGCGAUCGUGUUCACGUUGCGAACAUAUGGACAAAAUCGUCUGGUAUUGUUGGUGCUGGACAGUCAUAUUUUUCUGGUCACCUUGUACACAUCAUGUAAAGAAAAAAAUAUAAGUACAUGAUAUGACGUUGUUUUUCCAUCUUCUUUUAUUUCAAUUUGAUGAAACCACAAUAAACAAAAACCUACCUAUUCAACAAUAUAAUUAACAAAACGCCGUACAAACCAUUUUCAAAUAAGAAAAUAAAAAGAAGCAUUUUAGUCUUGCUUGAACGAAUUCAUAGAACAGUUUAUUUAUAACCUUUAUCAAUAGUUCCCUCCAGAAUAUCAUAUGGUCGUCCUCUUACCGGACGUGUUGAGCAUGUGCGGCUUUUUUAUGAACUAUAUGUAUGCAUGUAUCCAAUUUCUGUUUCAGCUACAUGUAUUCCGGAUGAAUACUUACAAAAUUUACGUACAUUUGAUGAUAUCCAUAUCAUCAUCUGUUUUCAUGUUUAGUAUUUUUAGUUUUUGUAAAAAAAACAGUUACUCUGUUACUUCAGCCCAAUGCAACUUUGGCGAGAGAGAUCAUUGCAGUGACAUCAGCUAUACCUUCAUCGACCACGUCGAUCUAAAACUUUACAACUCUAUCUAAAAUAUUCAUUGUUAUUUUACACUCGUCAAGAAUAUGAAGGAAAUAUUUGACCGUUAAACCAAAGAAAAAAAUAGAUGUUAUUUAUCAGCAACUGGGCGAGUUUGGAGCAGUUGAAUUAACUCAGUUCUUUAUUGAUUUUUCACUUCAUAUGAUAGACAUUAAACUAUGACAGUGUCUAGACAUUGGUGAUAUAUGUUUACCAAUAAAAAUAUUUAAUUAU